CUAAACCCAGAGGUCAUUCUGUUGCUGUUCAACAAUGCUGAAACAGUUGCUUCCAUUUCUCUUCCUCGUCGGGCAAAUACUAGCCAACAGAACUCCUGAUGUGGAGUGUCUGGUGGUUCACCUGGAACAUGUUCGCUGUGUCUGGAACCUGCAGGGAACUCCAGAUGUCAACUACACCUUUUCCAGCAGGUUCUCUGGUGAGAGAGAAAGUAGCUGUGCUGACUACCUGACUGAGAGUGGAACAAAUAUUGGAUGUAGGCGUCCCUACACCACAGCCCAGAGAUUCAAAACAUUUUACACUAAACUGACACACGGCGACCAGGAGUAUCGGAAGGAACUUGACCUAAAAGGAAAAGUGAAAUUAAACCCACCAACCAACGUGACUGUAAGGAAUGGAUCCGACUUCAACCUGUGGUUUUACUGGAACCAGACUAAACCAAAUUGUGUAGAGAGUCAAGUACGAGUUAAAAUGAACAACAACAAAUGGGAGCCUUCAUCGGUGUAUAAUGAGCAGCAUUACUGCCUAAACCUGCCCUCCAGCAGUGCCAGAUAUGAGCUGCAGGUGAGGAGCAGAAUAGAGUCUUCCUGUGGAGAAUCUGAAUUUUGGAGCGACUGGAGUGAGCCUGCAGUCUGGGGAUCCAAUAACACCACAUGGCCUGAUUUCAUUUCGCCAAAUGCCUGAUGAACUGAGGAUUUAAUCCAAACUUCAGCUUGCAUUGUGCGUGAGCACCGACCUAUCUGAUUACACAACAGCAAUAACUGAUCAAAUCGAGCGUUCCAUCUCCAUCUGCUCCUUUUUACGGCACCAAAAUCUUAAUAUUAAAGCCAAUAAUUAAAUCACGUAAACUAAGAACAAAAGCUUAUAGAUAUUCAGAACUCCAAACCACUUACAGUAUAAUUUGGCAGUACAACAGUUAUAAGCAAAGAGCAUGAAUAUUUGUUUAAAUAUGUUGCCCACAUUGCAAUGUGGGUAGGCCAGAAAUGUUGAUAAGGCUCUUAAGGUUCUUUAUGUUAUUCAGUGUUCCCUUUACUUUAUCACACAUGUUAAAGCCUUUUGAUUUUUGUGAUUUGCUUUUAAUAAAUCACUUUGAAGCAGCAAUGUCAGUCGUUUCAGCCUUUGUGUCAC